UACGAAGAAAAUAUUUAAAGUAUUUAUAUCUUUGCCAUGAUGCUGCGCUUAUUUGUCAUUGUCGUCAGUUUGCUGGUCAAUGUUGUGCGCGUAAUUCCGGCAUACGAGGUGCCAACUGCGAAAAUCGAUGUCUUCUACCCUAAAGGAUUUGAGGUGUCCAUACCGCACGAAGAUGGUAUUACACUAUUCGCCUUCCACGGCAAGCUUAACGAAGAAAUGGAGGGUUUGGAGGCUGGCACUUGGGCCAGAGAUAUUACAAAAGCGAAAAAUGGUCGUUGGACUUUCCGUGAUCGUACCACAAAAUUAAAAUUUGGCGAUACGCUUUAUUACUGGACCUAUGUGAUUUAUAAUGGGUUGGGUUAUCGUGAAGAUGAUGGCGUAUUUGUAGUCAAAGAAUAUGCGAAUCAAACUGUUGUAGGCGGCGGAACUAUGCCUAGUGGCGACGGUAGCAUUGGUGGCGGCAAUGGUGGCACUGGUGAAAUUGAUGUGCGCAUAGAAAACUGCCACCCGACGCUAUCUUACAAAAAUGGCUUGCCACAACGUUGUUCCCAACAAUUACUUUUCGAUGAUGACUUUACCGGCUCACGUUUGAACAAGGAUCGUUGGACAGUCGAACAGCGUUUCUCCACAGCGCCAGACUACGAAUAUGUGUUGUAUUUGGACAAUGUACCUGAUGUGUUGCAAGUGAAGAAUGGCAUGGUCACCAUACAUCCGAAACAGACCAAGCGUCACUUUAAUCAAUAUGAUCGGCCAUUGCAUACUCAACACGAUUUAGGUGUACGUUGCACCGGGCGGCCCAAUACUGACGAAUGUGUGCGCGAUGGCGCUGCACAACACUACAUCACCAUACCGCCGUUUAUUUCUGCACAAUUCUCCACAAAGGAUCAUUUCACCUUCAAAUAUGGACGCGUGGAAAUACGCGCCAAGUUGCCGCGCGCUAACUGGGUCUUCCCACAGCUAUGGUUACAGCCAAAAGACAACAAAUAUGGCAGCGACAAUUAUCAGUCGGGUCAAAUGCGCAUCGCUUUCACUUGCAUCAAUGACACGCAAAUGCAUCUUUUCGGCGGAGUGGUUGUGAAUGCGAAGCGGCCCUGGCGUAUGGACAAAAUGUGCGCAUUCCCGAAUGAAGAAGCACUCGAUUUAGGCAAUGAGUUUCAUACUUACACAUUGCUUUGGACUGAAAAGGAAAUUUCAGUGUCUGUAGAUGGCAAAACAUAUUGUACUUUCAAUCCAAAGAACACAGAUGAGGCGUUGGCAAAUUUAAGAGUAGAUGACCAAGAGCUACCGAAUAGCGGCUUACUCAAGUCAGGCACUAAGCUGGCGCCUUUUGAUCAGGAAUUCUACAUUACACUGGGCUAUGGCAUUGGUGGCGUGAAUGACUUUGAAGAUAGUUUGUAUGGCUGGGAGCCGGAGAAACCUUGGCAAAAUACAAGCCCGCGUGGCAUGGGCUCGUUGUUGAAGAAGGUGGAGCGUGACUUCGACAAUUGGUUGGAGAAUGGCGAUUUGCGCAUCGAUUAUGUAAAAGUCUAUGCGAUUUAGAAUUGCACGAACACAUUUAGUGUAGUAAGUGAAAUGUGAAAUUUUUGUAUUGUGUAAAACCCAGUAUAUGUACGUAUAUUUUUCCCGAUAAUCAAAGUUUGCGAUCUUGAAUAAAUGUUCUGCGGAAAAAUAAUAAAACAUA